CUCGAAAUGGCGCGCCAGCUUCUCGAGGCCGGAGCCAACCCCAACACACCAUGUCCAAGGUAUGGCAGUGCCAUCCACGCGGCCUACUGUCAUCAGUCUGUACCUUGCGACUUCGCGGAGUUGCUAUUGCCUCUCCUCAUUAGCCAUGGCGCAGACAUCAACGUAGCCCACGUUGAUCGCGGUACCAUCCUCACAUCGCUCGCAAGGAUAUCAGAGGAUAAGAGCGUUACACGCAUAGCAUUUUUGAUUGACCGAGGGGCCGACUGCAACCUUACCGGCGGAUCACUACAUACGCCUUUGAUCGUUGCAGCAGCAUCAUCAGGUCCGCAGUCACUGGAGAUCAUGCAAUUGCUCCUCAAAUCCGGUGCUAAGCUCGACAUUUAUGGUGGGAUCUACGGAAGCCCGUUACUCGCCGCUACCAGUCUGUCCUCCUUUUCCAGCGACGAAAAACUACUGGCAUUGUUCGUGGGGCACAGACAUGAACGUCCCGCAGGCUGUAUUCUCCAACGCAGUUGUUACAGCAGCUGCUUCCGGUGGCACAGAAGUAGUGCACCACCUCAUUCAACAAGGCGCCGACGUCAACUGCGAAGCGGAAUUUCUUGGGACUGUGACCACCCUCCUCGUUGCUGCUAUCGCAUCAGACGCUCUGGAUGGCUUGCAAAAGGCGCAGUUGCUAAUAGCCCAUGGUGCUGAGAUGAAUGCUCCAGCGAUGGGCUAUUCCAACGCGUUGCAGAUGCUUCUGCACUGCAAGGUACCGUAUUUUGCUCUCGUCGAAUGUCUCCUGGAUGCUGGAAUGGAUACCGACGCGCCGAGUGCCCCGAAUGGAGCUGGGACUUCAAGUGAGAUGGCCGUUCAGCAUUAUCGGCAAGACGAAGCCCAACGCGAAGCCUGGAAAGACAUCAUCCUUCUUUUGCGUCGAAAUGGUGCGGUCUUUUUCGAAGGGGAUCUCGACUUUCUACUUCAGCAGACUUGGUUCCUUGACACGUUGACGGCCGACUGUAGCUGAGCCUUUCAUUCUUUAUCCUCUUGC